CUCGCACUUCCGGAGGAUAACGGAAGUGGCAGUCGCGAAGAGGUGGGCAGAGUCGCUUGGCGCUGAGAGGACGCCGACGUCCGCCCGCCUGCCCGCACGCCGGGGAGGCCUCUCCCUCCCUGCCUGCCUCCUUUCCCUCUCCACUCCCCGCCAUGCCUCCUCCGCCGCCGCGCUGAGGGGAGCGAGCCAUGGGCGCCACUGGCUCCAAGUCGCGGGGCCUGUGGCCCUUCGGCUCGGGCGGCCCGGGAGGCUCCGAGGGUCCUGGCGGGGAGCAGGCCCUGUCCCGCGCGCGGGGCCUUUGCUCGGCCACCCCCUUCGUCUUCACCCGACGCGGCUCUAUGUAUUAUGAUGAGGAUGGUGACCUUGCCCAUGAAUUUUAUGAGGAGACAAUAGUAACCAAGAAUGGGAGGAAGCGUGCUAAGCUGAAAAGAAUCCAUAAGAACCUGAUACCUCAGGGCACAGUGAAACUGGAGCAUCCUCGGAUUCAUGUGGACUUCCCUGUUAUCAUCUGUGAGGUCUGAACCCACAGAGGCAGUGUAGACAGUCAUUGUGUGCUGUUAAUGCAGCUUACUUGCCCAGUUGUACUGUACCUCAUGCACACCAUCCUGUGCAGCUACAUGUCCCUGCAAAACGAUGGAUCUGGAGCACAGUUAACCGUUUAGUUUUGAAGCAUCUCUACUCAAAGGAAAUAAAAGCAGCUGCAGUCUCUGAACUGGAUAGCGAUCAGGAAUAGCACUGGCUUUGGGGUAUGUGUAGAUAGGAUUUGUGUCACGUGAGUUGUCUCACUUCGCUUAGGAACUUGCUCAAAAUGCCCCCCUCUGAGUCCAGCAAAGUCUUUCUAGUGGGAGUCAGUUGACAUUUUGGUGGCAGCAAAAUGGAAAACCUACCUUCAAUAUUUCCUAAUGAGAUAUGCUGUUUGUUAAACAACCUUAGUCAGCUUCUGUGAAAGUUGACACUGAAGUUUCUGAUUAUAUGCUGUAGAUGGGUAAAGGUGAACAGCAAGGCCUUAGGCUUUUCCACACCUUCUUCUAAAAAAUAAUCUGGAUAAAUGCCCAACGUUCCUUGAAGGGAGCAAGGAGUGAUAUUCAGUACUACACUUAACGAGGCCAACUGAAGCUGUCCAAUACAGAUUUAAUCUUGAGGCUUCUGCUAAAACAGGCUGAUCUGUGCACACCUUGUUCGUUUUUGUCACAUUUCCUUAGGAAAUUUUACUUUUUUAUCACAAGCUAUAUCUUUUUUCGAUUUUUCCAGUGAGAAAGGGCCAUUGGCUAGCAAAUGUGCUGUGGCAGAUCAGUCUGUUAGCAGGAGCACUAUCCAAGCAACUUAGCAGGCCACUUCUUUGUUGAGCUGUGACUUUGUUUCUUAGUCAUCUUUUCCUCUGGCAAUAUACAUCCUGUUCAUGUAUGAGACCAUGGGACACAUUGUCACAUCUAUCCAAUGUCACCCUUAUUUUAGGAUAGGUUUUUUUUUUUUAAUCUUCUGAACUGGCUCUAGGUGACAGUUACUUCUUGUUCCUUUAGGCUAAGGAAAUUUUGUUGUUUAGGUCCAGAUGGUUGCCCGAGUGUUCUUGACUCCUUUGGCUGUCACACUUCUUCAGCACAUAGUAAUGGAGUUCUGUUGUCUUUCAUUGGCAGCCUUUGUAACUGCUCUAAUUGGGCCAGGUAUUGUCUGAUGUCAGAUAAUGCAGCACAAUUCAAAGGAGAGUUGUAUCUCUUCUUCCUGAAGAGACCUGCCCCUUUCUCUCCAUGGGCAUUUCUGAAACAUUUCAUGAAUAGAACCACAACUGCAGGCAAAAAUAGCACAAGUAGCUGUGUAAGUACCAAAGUGGUAGGUCUGUCUCUUCUCCCCAUUUUAUUUCCUUCCAUAAUGUAGAACUACCUGUCCCCAAUACCCAAACAGUCAAAAACCUGUCAUAGGCGCUGAUAUCAGUUACAUAUGCAGUGUGCAACAAGGAGAACUUUGCCUGCCUUCCUGUCUUUUCUACCAAUCCUUCAGAAUUUGUAUAGAGCUUCAAAGGGAUUGUGGUUUGCUUUAACUGUAGGAAGUUUGCUCAUUGCACAUCAUAUUUUAUUUGCCAGAGCAUGUCAUUGCCUUUCUGAGCACUUCAGGCAUUUGCUACCUCAACAUUUAAUUUAAUCAAUCGGUACAGAAUUGGGCUAGCAGAAUCAAUUAAUCUGGAUUGUGUGCACUCUGAUUUUUGUACCUGCAAGGGAGUCCUUCUUAGGCAUUAUGAACCAGACAAUAAGGGUGUGUGAGGUAUGUAACAAAUGUUGAAAGAGGUAUUUGUGAUCACUGGCUGUCAUCUACCCCUAUUUCAGUACUAUUAACUGCAUUUCUAGUCUGUAGGCUCUAUCCUUUUUGUGCAACAAACAUAACUGUCCCUGAGGUGCAACUGCUUUGCUAUGCAAAAUUCAUGCUGUGAAUCUGAAAUUCUGGAACAGCACAGUUACUUGUAAAUGGAAACUUGCAUCACCUGCAGACAUUGGGCAUCUGUCAGAUUUCCAUCCUCAACCCCCACCCAAACUGUGCACUGAAACUUACCAUUUGGUUCAGCUCCAGGUAGAUGAUGCUGAUGCUGGUCAACUGACAUCAUUAUCCUUCAUCAGGCAGGGAAAUUUCCACUGCCAUGAAACAAGAGCAUACCAGGGAUAGAAGUACACUCCUUGGCAAAUGGAGUAUUGUGGUGCAUGGUGAUUUGUGAACUAAAAUCAAGGGGUCUGUGCUUAAGCAGUAUAGUUGAGGAGGGAGGAAGGUGUUCCUCCAGAGCUGGUUGAGAAAAAGCAGGGUUUUUUCUGUAUAGUGUUCAUGCUGAGGAAACUGCGCUCUUUUGCAUGAGACUGGAGUGAUGGAGAAUACUGGGGCUGGAAGGCUCAAUGCUUCUACCCUUCCCCCAUAUCUACAUUUCCUGAAAGAUUUAAUUUAUUUUUUUCCUUGGCUGCCUUUUUUCUGAGCAAGCAGAUACGUGUGAUCAAAAAACAAUACUGUGUGAUAUUGGCUUGCGUUUAUCUCUGCCACUUCUUGUGCUUUGGCACCUACAGCUGGGGAUUGGGAUGUAAAUGGAGCCUCUGACCAGCGGAAGCUUUUUUCCUGCUUGGCUUGAAAUCUCCUCAGAGGUGGCAGACUCCCUGGAGCUGACUGGCAGCUGCUCUCAGGCCGUUUCCCGCAAAGGCUGGCUUGCCCACUGGGACUGCAGCUGUGCAAUUAGGCUGCUUGGAUUCUGCAAUCCCUUUCAUGCUGUUUGUAUCAUUGCACUUUCCGGCAGCCCUGCUCCUUUGCUGAGCGGCACCUGUUGUCAGAGAGAGGGCUUGUGGAGACUGCUGUAUACAGGAUAAUGCUGAUAAUGUGAAAACUGAUGUAAAUAAUAUACAUAUAUAAAUAUAUAUUAUCACAGUUGGUGGAACAAGCAAAAGUUAUAUUUCCUUUUUUAUGAUUCUUCUGGGCAAAUAUGUGGUUGUGUAGAAGACUCGGGCCCACUAGCACUACACUUCCUGUAGCAUAAAUCUGAGAACCUGAAGACAAAUGUGUAUCAUAUUUAUGGUCUGUUUCCUCUGCCUUGAAGUGCAUUUGUCGAGUUUUGUUAAAUUUCAAUAAAAUUAUUUCUAAGUCCGAAAA